AUGGCUCUAAUGGGUGGUUUUGCUAGAAUAGGCAAUAAUGAAAUCACUAUUUUAGUAAAUGAUGCCGAGAAGAGCAGUGACAUCGAUCCACAAGAAACUCAGCAAACUCUUGAAAUAGCGGAAGCUAACCUGAGGAAAGCUGAAGGCAAGAGACAAACAACUGAGGCAAAUCUAGCUCUCAGACGAGCUCACUACAUGACAAUUUAUUUCAAUAUGCUUCGUGCGCUCUAUCACUUCUGGGUAGAGAAUGAGAAGGAUUAUACGGUGAUAAAGAAAUGGAUGUAUUACCAGAAUAAUUUGAAUCAGCAAAGAUGGGAGAAUCUGCAUUACCUUGAUGUUUUAGAGAUUGUUGCACAAUGCUGUAAUAUAAGAAGGGAGUUGAUUCUGGCUGCUUUCUUGUAUCUUGCUGGAGCCCUUGUGACAUCAGUAGCACGUGACUUUAUUAUUUUGGUGACUGGGAGAUUUGUAUAUGGUAUAGGAAUUGGACUGGCAAUGCAUGCAGCUCCGGUGUAUAUUGCUGAGACAGCUCCAAGUCAGAUUCGUGGUCAACUGAUAUCUCUCAAAGAGUUCUUCAUUGUUCUUGGGAUGGUUGGAGGUUAUGGAAUUGGUAGCCUUCUAAUAGAUGUAGUAGCUGGUUGGCGGUACAUGUAUGGAGCUAGCACCCCACUGGCAGUGAUUAUGGUAAUCGGUAUGUGGUGUCUGCCACCAUCACCUAGAUGGCUAUUAUUAUGUGCCGUACAAGGAAAAGGCGAUAUCCAGGCUUUAAGAGAGGCUGCAAUCUGUUGCCUGUGCCAGCUAAGGGGUCAAGCAAUUGGUGAUUCAGCACUUCAACAAGUAGAUGGGAUCCUGGCUGAGCUGUCUCUUGUUGGUGAAGAAAAAGAGGUUACAUUGGCAGAAAUUUUCCGUGGAAAGUGCUUGAAAGCCCUUGUUAUUGGUGUAGGAAUAUUAGUGUUUCAACAGAUCACAGGGCAGCCAAGUGUACUAUAUUAUGCUGCAUCAAUCCUGCAGAGUGCAGGCUUUUCUGCUGCUUCUGAUGCAACACGGGUCUCUCUCCUACUGGGUUUUUUGAAGCUCAUGAUGUCCUCUUACAAUUUGUACAUCUUAUUUGGGUGCCAGGUUAUAUCUUUAUUCCUUUUGGGUUCAUACUACAUUUUCCUGGACACACCAUUUAUUGCUGUGCUAGCACUGCUGUUAUAUGUUGGAUGUUACCAGUUAUCCUUUGGUCCUAUUGGUUGGCUGAUGAUAUCCGAGAUAUUUCCUCUACGCUUGAGAGGACGUGGACUCGGCAUAGCGGUGCUUGUGAAUUUUGGUGCAAAUGCUCUUGUGACUUUUGCAUUUUCACCUCUGAAGGAGUUGAUCGGAGCUGGACUUUUGUUUUAUAUGUUUGGUGGUAUAGCUGUUCUCUCUCUGUUCUUCAUCUUCUUCAUCGUACCAGAGACAAAGGGGCUCACUCUUGAAGAAAUUGAGGCCAAAUGCUUGUAGAUUCCGCCGAAUCUGUUAUAACUGUAUAGCCAUCUUCUUAUUAGACACAACAAGAGAGAAAUCUUUGAAUUUCACAUAUGUAGAUAUAUGAAUGCCAUUUGCACAAAUUAGACUUGUAUGUUUCCUUCAUUUUCAGAAACUUAAAUAGAUUGGUUACCUCUCCCUAUUUUGAACUAAGGUUGUGCUCAGUUCAUUUUUCA